AUGAACAGUGGAACGGGGAGACGAAGGCGAAGCAAGAUAGGCAAACCACCUGGCGUGGCAGUGAUGGCUGGCUGGCGGGGAGGACGACCUGUAGCUGGCGGUGGAAACGGCGGUGGAGUUGGCUGCCUAAGUUGGUUGGAGCGGCUGCAGCUGGAAGAGGAAGAAAAGGAAGAAAUCUGCAGCAGGGAGAAUGAGAACCUCGUAGUGGCUGCCCCUAUCGUCGGUGAGGAUUUGGACCCAUUAAGGUACAUAUAUGGAAAGCCUUAUCUGCCAAGCCAAAUUGCAAGAUGGCAAGUUCUACUGGCUGAGUAUGACAUAGUAUAUAUGACAAGAAAAGCUAUGAAAGGGAGUGUUAUUAUCGAUCACCUAGCUGACCAUGCUAUGGAAGAUUAUGAGCCAUUAAAAUUUGACUUUCCUGAUGAAGAUGUGCUUUUAGUUGAGGAAGGGAAAUUAGAUUGGUGGACUAUGUACUUUGAUGGUACUAUAAACCAUUUCUUUCUCAAUAUUGCUCGUAUGGAAACUCCAAGAUCACUCAUUCAACCUCCAACUUAUGGAAGCCAAAUCACUAUUCUUAGCAUUGAUGGAGGUGGAAUAAGAGGCAUUAUUCCAGGAACCAUCCUUUCCUUUUUGGAGUCCGAGCUUCAGAAACUGGAUGGCGCAGAUGCAAGACUGGCAGACUACUUUGAUGUGAUUUCAGGGACGAGCACUGGUGGACUCGUGACUGCUAUGCUAGCUGCCCCAAACAAGCAAAACCUAUUCUUUGGCAAUAGAUCUCCAUUUGCUUCAGCUGAAAAUCUGAUCAAGACUUUGAAAGGACCACAAUAUGAUGGGAAAGUUUUACAUAGCAUUGUCAAGGACAAGUUGGGAGACAAACGGUUGCACCAGACCUUGACAAAUAUUGUGAUCCCUACUUUUGAUAUCAAGAACCUCCAGCCAACAAUCUUUUCUAGCUAUCGGGUGAAGAACAACCCAUCCACGGAUGCCCUUUUAUCUGAUAUAUGCAUUGGAACUUCAGCUGCCCUAACUUAUCUCCCUGCUCAUUAUUUCCAAACCAAAGAUCCAUCAGGCAAUGUUAGAGAAUUCAAUCUUAUUGAUGGUGGUGUGGCUGCAAAUAAUCCAACUUUAGUUGCCGUAAGUGAAGUUUCAAAAGAAAUCAAUCGAGAUAAUCCUGACUUCUUCCCCAUAAAACCAAUGGAAUAUGACCGAUUUCUAGUCCUGUCUUUGGGAACUGGUACAGCAAAAUCAGAAGGAAAGUAUGAUGCAGAUAGAGCAGCUAAGUGGGGUAUCUUGGGAUGGUUGACUAGUGGCCAUUCUACUCCAUUAGUGGAUGUUUUUACACAAGCUAGUGGGGACAUGGUUGACUUUCACCUUUGCACUGUUUUUCAAGCCCUUAAAUCGGGAGACAAUUAUCUUCGAAUUCAGGUGCAUCUCAUGCCCAUCUUGGAUAAUACAUUGACUGGAACACUCUCAUCUGUGGAUGUUGCCACCAAAGAGAAUUUGCAGAAUCUUGUGAAAGUGGGUGAAGAAUUGUUGAAGAAAUCAGUAUCAAGAGUUAAUUUAGGCACUGGAGUCUUUGAACCAAUUAAUAAGAUGACAAAUGAAGAGGCUCUCAUAGAGUUGGCUAAAUUACUCUCAAGGGAGAAGCAUCUUCGUGAGGCCAGGUCACCAGUUGGAAAUUAA